AUGAUUCUCCAGAGGAGGAAACUGCAGAUCCACCAGGGCAACCUAGAGGGAUCAGUGGUGUUGCGGCCAAGUAUCUUCUUAUUUGCAUGGAGGCUCGAUGACUGGGAUAGUGGGAAUGCGUGUGGUAUUCAUGAAACGAUGGAUGAUGAGGCGGGAGUUUCUGUACAUGCGUGUGCUUGA